GUUUGUGGAAUCUUUCCUGCGAACUAAGAUCUUUGGAGAUAGUGGUAAAUCCUUCCUUGGGAUGUUUGCUUCUGAUCAAGCAUAUGUGUAAGGCCAAUACAUCUAUUGGUGGGAGAAGUGUGUCAGGCGUUAUGAAGGUGCCCGUCUGAGCAUUUUGUACCUGUCCAGUGCAUCCUCCUUUUGCUGAUAAGAAGUGUUCUGCGUCUCAAAGUAGCCUGCUCUGAGUCCAGCUCCACAGUGAGAACGUACCAAAACAGUAAAUCAAGAGUGACCAUGAGCCCUGGCUUUAGCAACCAGUGGAAUAGCAGCCAACCUGCUUGGAAUACAUACACCUUCCCGAGAGCAAGCUUGCACUACCAGUCCCAUGCUAGCUACACUUACUGCGCUGGACAUCCUACUCAGUCCUAUGCACCAGCUCCCCACCCCAUGGCUCCUCCCAGCCCCAGCACAAACAGCAGCAACAACAGCAGCAACAACAGCAGUGGAGAGCAAUUGAGUAAAACGAACCUGUACAUUCGAGGCCUUCCACCCGGCACCACUGACCAGGACCUUAUCAAGCUGUGCCAGCCGUAUGGGAAAAUUGUAUCAACAAAGGCAAUUCUUGACAAAAACACAAAUCAGUGCAAAGGUUACGGUUUUGUAGAUUUUGACAGCCCGGCAGCAGCGCAGAAAGCAGUAGCAUCUCUCAAAGCAAAUGGCGUGCAAGCGCAGAUGGCAAAGCAACAAGAGCAAGAUCCCACAAAUCUAUACAUCUCAAAUUUACCUGUUUCCAUGGAUGAGCAGGAACUGGAGAACAUGCUGAAACCUUUUGGACAUGUCAUUUCCACCAGAAUAUUAAGAGACGCAAAUGGAGUCAGCAGAGGAGUUGGCUUUGCCAGAAUGGAAUCUACAGAAAAAUGUGAAGUAGUAAUUCAGCAUUUUAAUGGCAAAUAUCUGAAAACCCCACCUGGUCUACCAGAGUUAUGUUUAUGUAACCAGUUGUUCUUGCUGAGCUGCCAUUCAGCCCCCACUGAGCCUUUACUGUGCAAAUUUGCUGAUGGAGGGCAAAAGAAGCGCCAGAAUCAAAGCAAAUACACACAGAAUGGAAGGCCGUGGCCCAGAGAAGGAGAGGCUGGCAUGGCUUUGACUUAUGAUCCAACAGCUGCUAUACAGAAUGGAUUUUAUUCCUCACCGUACAGUAUUCCAACAAACCGCAUGAUUCCACAGACAUCAAUCACACCAUUCAUUGCUGCUUCCCCUGUCUCUACAUAUCAGGUCCAGAGUACUUCCUGGAUGCCUCAUCCGCCAUAUGUUAUGCAACCAACAGGUGCUGUGAUAACACCAACAAUGGACCACACUAUGUCAAUGCAGCCAGCAAGCAUGAUGGGCCCACUGACCCAACAGAUGAACCACCUUUCCUUGGGCACAACAGGAACGUACAUGACUGCUGCUGCACCUAUGCAAGGGACCUACAUUCCCCAGUACACUCCUGUGCCUCCAACAGCUGUCCCUAUUGAAGGUGUUGUUGCUGAUACUUCUCCACAAACAGUAGCAUCUUCAUCACAGGAAGCCAGUGGUCAACAGCAACAGAUGACAGUGGAAACAUCCAGUGAACAUGCACCUGCAUAUUCUUACCAACAGUCUAAACAAUAAACAGGACUGAAGAAUGUCGGUCUGAAAUCAUUGCCUUGAAUGGAGAAACUUCACUGAACAAGAAGUUGGCUUCCAGUUUGCACAGGCGUCAAAUGAAUGCUUUCUUUUUUUUCUACCUUUCCCAACGAAAACAAAACAGUGUUUUUAUGUGCUGUGCAAAUGGUUCCGUCAUGUAGUCUGACAAUUUUAUUUUUUUGCUUUUUUUUUUGUUGUUAUUGUUAACUAAAGAAAAAAACCCAAAGGGAAAAACGCUGGGUUGACAUUUCAUCUGGACAAACAUCUGAAUUCAGAAUUUACCUGGAGGUGUAGCUAGAUAUUUUUUUUAACAGAAAAACUGAUGAUGUCAAGAGGGAGCAAGUUGAGAUGAAAACCAAUUGUCUUCCUCAAAAAUUAAGCUACUCUUUUUCUCUCAUUUUAUUUUCCUUCUUGUUUUAAAUCUAGAGUUGGUUUUUUUUUGUUUGUUUUUUGGUUCUUUUGUUUUAUUUUUGUUUUGUUUUUUUUAAAGAAAUGUUUAGGUAAGGUUUAUCUUGAAUCUUAAUUGCCUUAAUUUUAAGGACGUCAAAGGCUCUCAAGGCAAGCUGUCAACGUCUUGUUAGAAAACCCGAGAAUGAAUUGAAACUGCUCACACCGGUGCUGGUGCAGAAGAAGUUUAAUAGACUGAGUUUUUGGGGUGAACAAAAAAUAAACUGUACAGUUUAAAAGAAAAUGAUUUUCUUCUUUUGAAGAAAAGUUGAUGAUAAAGGAACUGUGGCAACUGAAAGGAUUGGAAAAAUGCUGGGACUUUUAUGAACUUUGUCUUAAGUGUUGACAGAAAAAAAAUCUAGAAGGCUAAAGCAUUUUACAGUAAAGUUAUUGAAUUGAGAAAGAAACUUGCUGCAUUAUAGAGAAUGCAGGGGUUUUUUCUUGCAGAAUGCAGAUUUUUUUAUUUACAAAGCGUGAUCGCUAGCAAAAGCAUUAGUGCUUUUUAUCUGCAGUCUUUUUUAUGAGCUUUAAGAAGUUUUUAGUCUGCUUUGCUUGUCACAUUGCAAAAACCUAGCUUAAGAGCAUUAAAAAAAACUUAAGUAGAUAGGAGCUUAUGGUCAAAAAAGUGCAAAAAAAAGCAAUAGAUAGAAGAAAUUGUUGACAAUUUCUGUAGUCUUUCCUAGUUGUGAACAAAUGCAGCCUAUGGAUGGCCUAUUUUAUACCAAAGAUGAAGUGACACCCUAACGCAGUCCAGAAGAUAGAGGUUUUUUUUUCUUUUUUUUAAUCUUUAUUUGACCUACAUGGCCGGACCAGUUCUUACUUUCUUGUUUGUUUAAACUAUCUUCCACUGGUGUUUUACAUACUGCAUAUGAUUUUAGUGGAAAUUUCAGAAUAGUUGGUAUUUUAAGUUUGUUGAUGGUGUGCUUUGGAGAACAUCGCAAAGCAAGUGGAGUGAGUUACCAACUAAUCUGUCCAGGUGGGCUUUAAUUUUGAUGAGUUUUUCUGUUAAAUUGCCUGAUCUUUGGUAUUUCUACUGAAACAACAGUCUUCCUUCUGAAUUCCAACACACCACAGAUUCAUUUCUUCACCUCAGUCUUUGUCAUCGUCCAGCAUGCAUAGCCACCUUAAUUCUGUGUUCAUUUUUCAGUGAUGCAUUUGAAUUGCCAGUUAGAUGCAACAGAAAGCAAACGAUCUUUAUUCUCAUUUUAGCUCUCCCAUGCAAGCAAAAAUGUUGAAAAUGACUUAUGCUAGUGUUGUCAUCCAGGCAGGAAGUUAAUUAUUCUCUGCUAUGAUUUCUGUUGUCUUAAUAUGUUGGCUGACAAUCACUAAUUAGUAUGAUUAGGCAGAAAAGACACUAACUAAAUUGAAUCCACUGAAACUUGUUUUAAGAAUAACAUUAUUUUCCAUGGAGAAGUAUGGAUUAUGGCCCUUGGUUUUUCCAAGCAACCAAAAAAAGCGGUAAGCAAGUCAAAAUAGGAUUUUUUCCUUAAGGAGGCAGAAGAGAAGCAGCAGUUAAAAUAUAUACGUACAUACACAUGUAUCUUUAAGUAGAAAUUAAACCAAACAUUUUUAAACUUCUCUCCAUCCAGAAGAGAGGGGAAGCUUCAUCACAUUUAUUGUGGUGCAUUAGAGACAGGGUAUCCAAUAAAAAUAAUUAAAUUAAAACGUAUAUAUUGGAUCAGUCUGAUUCAGCCACACAAUUCUGAAAAGAUAUCUGUUUCCCUAACCUGACUUUUAGGGGAAAAAGUACACAGUUAUUUUUUAAAUUGAUAAAACGAGAUCAUAUUUUUUAAUGUAGUAUGGGGGGGAGGGGGUUUCCCAAGUAAAUGGCUGCUAGAUAUGCAACAUAUAAAAGAGAGGAAUGGGAGUUCAUGUGGUUCUUCAUCAUAGGAAGAAGGCCUGAUUUUCAGAAGUGGUAAAACUUAUGCUUUCUCCAGAGUAGCUGUGAUAUUCAGCACUUCUGAAAACCAGAUGAUGCCAAAGUAAAAGAACAAUACCCACAGCCUGUUUUUAAUUCAGAAAAAAAAAAAA